ACCGCCUUCCUCAUUCGGCAACAUGGCGCCGAUGAUGCUAACGUUGAAAUCCGGCUUUCACUUUCAAAGACGAAAAUUAGCGCUUCUCCUUCGACAAACGAGCUCAUAUCACAUUUGGAAUAAAACUCGCCCUGAAAACGGGACGGAACAUAAACGCCAAAGUAACGUUACACAUCUGCUGAGUUCCCCUCCACACCUACGAACAUCAACAUGGACUACAAACAGGGUCGAAAACAAUCGUCGGAUUUUGGAGGCAGUAAAACAUUUGCAGAUUACAGACAAAAGAACAUGUUGGCACGGAAAUGCAGGAGGAAAGCUGAAUGCAGAUCCCAAAAAUGUGCUGAACGAGGUGAAUUCAUCCCAGAUCCUGUCUGCAAUGCUGUCUUAUGUGUGGCCAAAGAAUAGACCAGACCUGCGCGCCCGUGUUGCCAUCUCUCUGGGCCUGCUCGCUGGAGCCAAGAUAACCAAUGUGACGGUGCCCUUCAUGUUUAAGUAUGCAGUGGACGAGCUUAACCAGAUGUCGGGACACAUGCUGAACCUGAAUGACGCGCCAAGCACUGUGGCUACCAUGGCAACGGCCAUGCUGAUUGCCUAUGGUACGUCACGGGCUUGUGCAGCCCUCUUCAACGAGCUGAGGAACACAGUGUUCGGCAAGGUUGCCCAGAGCUCCAUCCGACGAAUCGCCAAGAACGUCUUCCUCCACCUGCACAAUCUGGAUCUGGGUUUCCAUCUCAGCCGCCAGACAGGAGCGCUGUCCAAGGCCAUCGACCGCGGCACACGGGGCAUCUCAUUUGUCCUUAGUGCACUCGUCUUCAAUCUUGGACCCACAGUCUUUGAAAUGAUCCUCGUCAGUGGCAUUUUGUAUUACAAGUGUGGUGGACAGUUUGCAGCAGUGUCCUUGGGUACCUUAUCAGCAUACACCAUCUUCACCAUUCUCGUCACUCAGUGGAGGACUCGUUUCCGGAUAGAAAUGAACAAAGCAGACAAUGAAGCCGGCAACGCAGCUAUUGACUCCCUCCUUAACUAUGAGACUGUUAAGUACUUCAACAAUGAGAAGUAUGAAGCUGAAAAGUAUGAUGGAUACCUGAAAACCUAUGAGUCGUCCUCUUUAAAAACCACGUCCACGCUCGCCCUCCUCAACUUUGGCCAGAGUGCCAUCUUCAGUGUCGGCCUCACUGGCAUGAUGUUGCUGGCCAGCAAGGGCAUUGUGGCAGGUACGAUGACCGUGGGAGACCUGGUGAUGGUGAAUGGCCUGCUCUUCCAGCUCUCCCUCCCCCUCAACUUCCUGGGCACAGUGUACAGAGAGACCCGGCAGGCCCUAAUAGACAUGAACACUCUCUUCACCCUGCUCAGCGUCGACACCAAGAUCAAGGAGAGGGAUCUCGCCCCGCCAUUAGCCAUCGCACCACAGGGGGCCACCAUUCGCUUCGAGGACGUCUAUUUUGAAUACCUGGAGGGCCAGAAAGUGCUAACCGGAGUGUCCUUCGAAGUGCCUGCUGGGAAGAAGGUGGCUAUAGUUGGUGGCAGCGGGUCAGGGAAGAGCACCAUUGUGCGGCUGUUGUUCCGCUUCUUUGAGCCCCAGCGGGGGAACAUCUAUAUAGCGGGGCAGAAUAUCCGAGACGUCAGCCUUGACAGCCUGCGGAGGUCUUUGGGGGUUGUACCUCAGGAUAGCGUUCUGUUCCACAACACCAUCUUCUACAACCUGCAGUACGGGAACAUCAACGCUACACCAGAGGAGGUGUACCAAGUGGCUCGGCUAGCAGGCAUCCAUGAUGCUAUCCUCAGGAUGCCCCAUGGCUAUGACACCCAGGUUGGGGAGCGAGGGCUCAAGCUGUCAGGAGGGGAGAAGCAACGUGUCGCCAUCGCCCGCGCAAUACUAAAGAAUCCACCUGUCCUGCUGUAUGACGAAGCAACAUCCUCCCUCGACUCAAUCACCGAAGAGAACAUCCUGACUUCAAUGAAAGCGAUGGUGAAGAACAGGACAUCAGUGUUCAUCGCCCACAGGCUUUCCACAAUCGUAGACGCAGACGAGAUUAUAGUGCUCAAUGAGGUAAGAACUCAUCCACUUAUUUUUUUUACUUGAUCUCAUACCUUGCCUAAUUAACAUUCCAGUUGUAAUGUCAGCUUAAUAAAAAGCAAAUAAUAUGACGGUUCAGAGUUUCCGAGCAAAAACAUGCGCUGUGUUAAUUGCCAGUCCAAUUAGACGAUUUUUCAUUGAACGGAUGGAUGAUGUCCUGCACUCUGCGUGACCUUUAGCGCACUGUAUCUGCAAGACACAAGAAUUUAGAGAGCAGCCUCUGUUUUUGCCACUUGUUUUGAGUUACGUUUCUACAACGUACGUGAUGAAAACAUGCUUUGUUUAGCUUUUCUCAUUAACUUCAACAACAACAGGACACAGUUGGUAGAAGGGAAUGUAUUAUUUUCUCCAUAAGGGCUCAUUAAAGCAGUCCAACUCGACUGGCUGUUUUGGUCAGAUGGCGCGUCUUGUUUGUCUCUGUGACUAAUAAUGUAUGGGCCAGCUUCCCAGACACUGAUGAGGCCUCAUCCAGGACUAAACAGGUCUUUUAAUGGAGAUCGCCAUUCAAAUGGUUUAUCUGUACAGUUUUUGGUCAGUUGUGUUUAAGUCAGGCUGAAGGUGCCAUAGAGACAUAGAGUAUGUUUUAAAAAUCUUUUCGAUGCAUUGUCACAUUGUGCAUCGUGCAUCAGAGAAAUAUCCAAGAGAAGAGAAAAAUGCUGCAGUAAGUAACGGGCUGGGCUUGAGACACAGUAAGGCACAAAAAGACACCGAGGGAAGUCAGUUAUUAUCUGGAAAGUAAGAGUUAAUAUGAGAAGUAACACAGAUGAAAUGACAUUUUCCACCAGUGCUCGAGUCAGAUAGGAUAAAAUGAGAAGAGGUUUCUUUGAACUGCGGCGAGUGAGCAUGUGUCGUUCCAGAGUCAGAUGGAAAGGGAUCAGAGG